GUUUCUAUUAUGACACAUUUGCACGUCGUUGUUAUUUAUAUAAAGUUCCUCGCGCCUAAGGUUGUCAGUUUGAAACUGAAAGUUCCGAAGUUGUUUGUUAUCAACCGAAACAAAGCUAACAAAAGGUAUUGAGAUCACAAUAAACUCAAUUCAAACCGAUCAUAAUCUGCGCAUUACCCACAAUGGACAGGCACCGUAGACAAAGUCUUACCGUAGAAACGUUUCCGAAAAAAAAAGAUGGGAAUCAAAAUGAAGUUAAAAACGAGGCGAUUCAAAACACGCCCGAGACUAGCGAAAGCUGCACGAAAAAAUCCGGUAACUUUAUACAAACGGAACAUGUUUCCAAAAAGGACGGCACGCCGUCAUUGGGCAAUGAAAAGCAGCAACUACUGGAAUCAAAAAUUAAGAAAAUACGUCUUGCAGAUAUAAAGGAUGAAACAAUCAUGGGUACUAAAAGGCAUGGUGACGUGAAAAUUAUUUUAAAAGCCGAGAGUUUAAACGAAAUUAGUGAAAGAAGAGCAGUUGUCUUUUUAUCGAAAGAGAAAGAUAAUAGAGCAGGUAAACUAGACACCCACCAUGGAUCAGCUGAAGAAAAUAGUGGGAACAGCGUCCGGGUGUUUUUUACCGAACAGAGCGACAGCACGGGAAAUACCGAUAUGAGACAAGAGGAAAAUAGACCGGGGCAUUGUGUGACUACUUUCACUGUAACGCAGCCUCAGCAGAAAGAGGCGAUACAUUUGCAACAAUCCAGCGGACCCAGCGCUCAGAAUCGAGGUGUCCCAAUAAUUCUUCACCAUGUUACACCAGACACAAACUUCCACAUUCAGAGUCCAAUAGCUGCCCCCGAAGCAAUCAGGUUAACACAAGUGCCGUUUAAUAUCAAUCUAAAACCAAUCCUAGAGCCGUCUGUAAAAGUUGAGACUAAAGACGUGCCCCUCACUGUCCCACCAUCAGAUCCAGGUAAAACCUUAGGAGCAUUUGAAACAACCCAGAUUAAAGACAGAAAUGGGCACAUUAAACGUCCAAUGAAUGCUUUUAUGGUCUGGGCCAGAAUCCAUAGACCAGCACUUGCCAAGGCUAACCCUGCUGCUAACAAUGCAGAUAUAAGUGUGCAGCUUGGAAUAGAAUGGAACAAGCUCUCAGAGGAACAAAAGAAACCUUAUUAUGAUACAGCUCAGAAGAUCAAAGAAAAACACAGAGAAGAAUUUCCUGGGAACAGUCAAUCUCCUGUUCAAACCACAAAUGGCACUGUCCAGCAGUCAGCCCCUGUAACCAUGUAUCAGCAGUCCAGCCCAGUCCAGAUGAUUGUUACAACAGCCAACCUGCCGGCUCGUCAGUCAGGGCCAGCCUCAUCUUCAGUGAUGUCUGUGAAGACUGAUGUGCACCGCAGUAUCCCCAUGCCAACCUCACUCCCAAGCCACCCUGAGACUAGGUUUCAGUGUGCUCCAGUACAGGCCAUGCCCAGAACCUUUGAGAACAAUGGCAUUUCCCAGUACCACUACAGCACCCCCUCUGAGCUGCUGAUACCCAAGGAAAUGCAGCCCAGUGUAGCCAGCUGUUCAAGAGGUCCGCAGCUUCCUCCACCACCCCUUCCCCACCCACACGUUUACCCCCCACCCACCAUGGCUCACCCAGCCAAUCUCUUUGCACCGGCACCUCGCUUUCCAUUCCCUCCCCCCUAUUUUAUACCGGGACCACACUACUUCCCAUCAAGCCCGUGUCUUUACAGUCGCCCUCCAUACGCCUACAGUGAUUAUCCAAACCCAAUGUCCGACUACCUCGGUUACUAUGAAGACCGCUACCAGAAGCACGAGGCGAUGUUUUCUGCCCUAAACCGGGACUACUCGUUCAGAGACUGCGCAGAUGGGGGCCUGUACAAUAACGAAUCUCAUAGCAGCGAGGGCAUGAAUGAACGGGCUUACCAUGGCAACCACGCAGCAGAGUAUCUGAACUCGGUGCCGUCGCUGGACGUGGUCGCCUUGGAGAACGUCUUCACAGCGCCUGUAAUGGCUCCAGCACGCCUGCAGAAAGUCAACGUGACCGACACUGACGAGGAGGAAGAAGACAGAGUUUUGAGAAAUUUAUGAAACAAAAUAAUAAGUAAAAACAAAUUAACUAAA